GGUGUCUGGGUUGUGCUGGUUGGUGAGGCCAUGGCUGACAGCAGCGAGGACCCGGCUGUGUUCUCCUCCUCCUCCCUGCCCACGGACCCACGGCUGUUGGCCACAGUCACCAACGCUUACCUGGGCACACGUGUGUACCACAACACCCUGCACGUGAGCGGUGUGUACAGCGGUGCCGCGGGUGACACACACCGUGCCGAUGUACCCAGCCCUGCCAACGUGCGCAUGGUGGUGCCCGGUGAGCCCGGCAUGGAUGAGACCUUCACCCUGGACACCCGCACGGGAACCUUCAGCCAUGAGCUCCGGUCAGCAGAUUACGUGGCCACCCAGCAGAUCUAUGCUCACUGUUCCCUUGUCCACCUGCUGGUUGUCAGCAUCACCAUCCGGAGGUCACCUCACAACACCCGACCCGUCACCAUCCAGAGGUCACCUCACAACACCCAACCCAUCACCAUCCAGCUCCAGACUCCUUUUGAGCCGAAGAGCCAGGACCUGGACCUGAAACAGGGACCCGACUUCCAGGGAGCACACUAUGUCUAUGGCAGGACGCUGGUUCCCGAGGUGCCAGGGGGGCCCCGUCCUGCCCUGCACAUGCUCUGGACGCCGGUGCCGGUGGCACUGACACUGCCUGUGGAGGAGCAGCAGCAGAGCUGGCACUUCCUGACAGCCGUGGCUGGCACCGAGCAGGGUGCCCAGGGCAGCUACAGCCAGGGCCUGGCGUGUGCGGCUGCAGGGUCCCUGCACCGGUGCCAUGCCCAAGCCUGGGCUGCAGUGUGGCAGGGCUGUGGUGUGGAGCUGACCGGGCCCCUGCGGCUGCGGCAGGCGCUGCGCGGGAGCCUCUUCUACCUCCUGAGCUCCAUCACCCCACACCCGGCCCUGCCCGGCUAUGGCAUCAGUCAUGGCAUCAGCCCCGGUGGCCUGGCCAACGGCGCGCGUGGGGAGGAAUACUGGGGUCACGUCUUCUGGGACCAGGAGACCUGGAUAUUCCCGAACAUCCUCCUGUUCUAUCCCGAGGCUGCCCGAGCCAUGCUGGAAUACCGGAUCCGCACGCUGGAAGGAGCCCUGCACAACGCACGGGAGCAAGGCUACGAGGGUGCUAAGUUCCCAUGGGAGAGCGCAGCCACAGGCCGGGAAGUCUGUCCCGAGGAGAUCUAUGGAGCUCAGGAGAUCCACGUCACCGGGGAUGUGCUGGUGGCCUUCGAGCAGUAUUACCACACCACACAGGACCAGAGGCUGUUCACGGAGGCUGGAGGCUGGCGGCUGGUGUGUGCUGUGGCUCAGUACUGGUGCAGCAGGAUGGUGUGGAGCGAGCAGGAGCAGUGCUACCACAUCCGAGAUGUGAUGCCCCCGGAUGAGCACCACUGCCACGUUGACAACUCUGCUUACACCAAUGCUGUGGCCCAGCGGAGCUUGACCUUUGCAGCCCAUCUGGCUCAGGACUUGGGGAUGCCGGUGCCCGAGCAGUGGCUGUGCUGUGCCAGCAGCAUCAAAGUGCCCUUUGAUGCGGGGAAGGGAUAUCACCCUGAGUACGACGGCUACAGCCCCGGUGAGCCGGUGAAACAAGCGGACGUGGUCCUGCUGGGCUUCCCACUGAUGCACCCCAUGAGCCCUCAGGUCCGGAGGAACGACCUGGAGAUGUACGAGCCUGUCACGGAGCUGCAUGGACCGGCCAUGACCUGGAGCAUGUUUGCUGUGGGCUGGCUGGAGCUGAAGGAGGUGCAGAGAGCCCAGGCCCUGCUCAACAAGUGCUUCAGCAACAUCACGGAGCCCUUCAAGAUCUGGGUGGAGAACUCGGAUGGGUCAGGAGCUGUGAACUUCCUGACAGGGAUGGGUGGAUUCCUGCAAGCCAUCCUGUUCGGAUACACUGGCUUCAGGAUCACAAGGUCCAACCUCCGUUUCGAUCCUGCCUUUCCCGACGACAUCCACGAGCUGAACAUCUCUGGUGUCUCCUACUUGGGCAACAAGCUCAGGUUCAGCAUCACCAGAGAGGAGAUGGGGAUUGAAGUGACCGAGAGCACCCAGGACCCUCCGGCUCUGCCCUUGGAAGUGGUGCUGGAGCAGUCGGGGCAGCGGCUGCCCCUGCACAGAGGGCAGAGGAUCUCGGUCCCCGCGGCUGCCGGAUGGAUCCAGAGAUCAUCCCCUGGCACCGAUUGAACCUCAGCUGCUCUGUGCCGGAGCAGGAGCAGUUGAAGAGAGGAUGGCAGCAGAGGGAAGGGGCAGGUGGGUCCCAGGCUGGGCCAUAAACUGU